AUGGGCGUGCUAGCUGUGAUGCAGAGUGCUUUGGCCUCUGGAGUACAGGAAGAUAAAGCAGAAAGUUGGUCUCCUUCCUCUGGGUUGUUCUUCAGUCCUUACGUUCACUUACAGCUCUUCAAGCUCAUCUUCCAUGUGGUCCAGUCAAAACUGGAUCUAGAAACAGUAUGGGACUUGACAGUUGCAAGCAUCAGAGACCAUGAUCAGUUAUUUCUCGUUGCUACCAUUGCGCAAGAUUAUACUUUUUUUUUUAUUUCAGUGUGUGCAGAAGCUUACAAUCCUGAUGAGGAAGAGGACGAUGCAGAAUCUAGGAUUAUUCACCCUAAAACAGAUGAUCAAAGAAACAGACUGCAGGAGGCGUGCAAGGACAUUCUUCUUUUUAAAAACCUAGAUCCGGAACAGAUGUCUCAGGUGUUGGAUGCGAUGUUUGAAAAGCUGGUUGAAGGAGGGGAACAUGUGAUUGAUCAAGGGGAUGAUGGUGACAACUUCUACGUCAUUGAUAGAGGUACAUAUGAUAUUUAUGUAAAAUGCGAUGGUGUUGGGAGGUGUGUUGGAACCUAUGAUAACCGAGGAAGUUUUGGUGAGUUGGCCUUAAUGUACAAUACACCCAGAGCAGCUACAAUUAUAGCUACCUCUCCUGGUGCCAUCUGGGGUUUGGACAGGGUAACGUUCCGAAGGAUCAUUGUAAAAAACAAUGCCAAAAAGAGAAGAAUGUAUGAAAAUUUUAUUGAGUCAUUGCCAUUCCUUAAAUCUUUAGAAGUAUCUGAGCGUUUAAAAGUGGUUGAUGUGAUUGGCACCAAAGUGUACAAAGACGGAGAACAAAUCAUUGCUCAGGGUGACUUGGCUGAUUCUUUCUUCAUUGUGGAAUCUGGAGAAGUAAGGAUUAUAAUGACAAGGAAGGGUAAACAAGAUGUAGAAGAGAAUGGAGCAGUUGAAAUAGCUCGAUGCUCGAGAGGACAGUAUUUUGGAGAACUUGCUCUUGUAACUAACAAACCACGAGCCGCUUCUGCCUUUGCUCUUGGCACUGUCAAGUGUUUAGUUAUGGACGUGCAGGCAUUUGAAAGGCUUUUGGGACCUUGUAUGGAAAUUCUGAAAAGAAACAUUGCAAACUAUGAAGAGCAGCUAGUUGCUCUGUUUGGAACAAACAUGGACAUUGCCGAUCCCAGUGCAUGAACUAAACAUUGGAGCAACAAGAUCUGUUACGAGAAUAUAGCACAGUAGUGGUUAGUCCACUGAGAAAAUGUCUCGCUUCCUAUAGAUGCCAAGCAUUUUCUGUGAUUUUUAAGAGUGGGUUGGGGGUAUUUU